UUGAUGUACGAUCCCAGAAGAAGAAAAAUGAUAUCACAGAUAGUCGUGCACACUUUCAAAACCCUCUUCUUGUUGUUUCUGCCUAGCAGAAUUGACGACUGUUUACUUGUGCUGUGCAUCACAUAUUUCACAUUCUCAAAUUCCCAUAUUAGAAAAGAAAAUGUGGUUGAACUUUCAAGUUCUGUUUGUGUGGAUGACGACGAGUCUUAUAAAUUUGGUAAAAGAUCAUUUGUUUGUUUUAGGAAAAAAUAUCCAUCUAUUGGACUGUCCUGUGAAAAUCUGCAAAAGAGAGCAUAUUUCUUUGCCAUCAAAGUGGACUCCCAGAACUCCCAGCGGAAACAUCAAAGAGUCUCCUUUGCAACAGCAGGGCCUGAGCAGUGGGUGAGGCAGAGAUGACAAAAUAAAGCAUCUACCCGAGAAUUGACAGCUGAAGAGUAAUACAGCUGAGACGUGAAAUAAGAUUCAAGGUCAGAUAUCGAAGACCCGGGCCAGAUGUUCAACGAUCGAGC